GCUCUGGUGCCGUUUUUUUUUUUUUUUUCAGGUUUUGGUUCCAGUCCAGGCUGUCUUUUUUGAGGUUCUGAUUCAAAGUCAAGUUCUUGCCUUAGUUGAGGUUCGGUUUGUUCAGGUUCCUUACUUCUGAUUGACUCUGCAGGGUAGUGAUGGUUCUGGUCGGUGGGGGGGUUGUUGAGGAAUGCAUUGUGUCAAUGGGAACCCCUAACAGCCGCAGAAAACCCAACAUGUGUGCGCGCGUGCGUGUGCGCGCGCACGAGCUCCGCCAGUCCGACGCCAGUCGGCAGCGGGAGCGCGGAUCUCUUCUCGCUGCAGACUCUCUGUGGAAGCGGCUGCUGGUGGUCACGGAGCCGCACGGACACGCUCGAAACCGGUUCAAAAGUCCAGGAGAAAAAGGCGGAUGUUAAACCCGGAUCAGAACUUUAUGUCUGCACAGUUCGAUUGGGAACUGGGCCGGAAUAGGACUUAAACUGACGCUUAUAACUUCAGAGGAACCGGUACCGGAGACUUCCCCCGGGUCUUGUUCCCGAGUUCAUCUGGAGUGCGUGUGAGCUCCUGCGGCGUUAAACCCGGUUCUUUCGCGGUUCGUGGGGCACAGAGGUUCGGCACCGGUCCCUGGUUAUGAGGGGCUGGACAGUGACCGUGGCGCGCGCGCGUGCCUGAGGUUAUUCACGGCGCAGAAAUGCAGACAGGCUGGAGCCAGACUGCGCUGCACGCGGUCGUGCGCGCGCUGCAACAGAUGUUGGUGUGAUGCGGAUCUGCGUGGAUGCUGCAGACAGAGCGGAGCCACGCGGGACCUGCUGCCUCCCUUCUACAAACAUCCUGUGAACGCGCUCCGUGCACGAGUGCGGUUUGUUCUGGACCGGUUCUGGCCUGGUUUGAAGUCGGCCCUCUAAACUCAGUCAGAGAGUCCAGAAAGUUCCGUUUGGAGUGGACCCUGAGAAUGAAGAACCCAGCACCCCCCACUGAUGCGUGGAGCUCCCUGCACAGAGAGCGGGGGGAGACACCUAGCGCCAAGAAGUUCAAGAGGAAGUCCAGGGAGCCCAAAAGGCUGCUGAACACCGCGCCCCCCCCUCUGGACUUGUCAGAUGUGGACUCCUCAGAGGACACCCUCAUGGGCACACGUUACGUCAGCAAGCUGGCCCCCCUGCACAGACAGCUGAUGAUGUCUAAGGACAUGUCUGACGAGGCGGGGGCUCAGAUCAGGGCCCUGGACAUGAGAACUGGCAGUAACGGGCCUGUGCUCGGCGCCAAGGCGUCCCAGCCCCCCUUCUCGCUGUCGACUCAGGAGAUCUCCCACUGGCCCCCUUCCAUCUCCCAGCCGCUGUCUGGCAGACUUAAGCUGGGCCCCCCUUCCUCCUUUCCCGCAGGGUCGGGCUUCCCUCAUCAGGUAUUCUCUGUGGAGACCUCCCCACCAUGUCAAUCUGGGCCCAGAACGCACCUGUCCCCCCAGUCCCCUCCAUGCCUGGACCACAGUGAAGGCCCACUCCUGUCGCCCAAGGAGUCCCCCAGGAAACGAGCCGGGAUCGAUGCAGAUCCACGAGGCCCGGAGGUCAAAGCCAUCCAGCAGACCAGGAGGCUGCUGGCCAAUGCCAGGGAGAGAACGCGCGUCCACACCAUCAGCGCUGCAUUUGAGGCUCUGAGGAAGCAGGUGCCCUGUUACUCGUACGGCCAGAAGCUCUCCAAGCUGGCCAUCCUCCGCAUCGCCUGCAACUACAUCCUGUCUCUGGCUCAGCUGGCGGAGCUGCACCCCGGCUCGGACCGCAGCGGAUUCACCGAGUGCGUGGACCAGUGCACCAGGACGCUGCAGGCCGAGGGCCGCAGCAAGAAAAGGAAGGAGUGAGAUGAAGAGGAGGAGCACACAGAGGAUGAAGAUGGAGGACUGAAGAAUAUUCAUGUUUGUUUUUCUUUGUCCUGAUAUUGAUUUGAAACACCCUUAUUUUUCUGGAGCCAGUGGGCAGACAGUGAACUCCACCCCUCUCCUUAGCAGGAUGUGCCUUAUGAGCAAGGUGUCUUGCAGCUUUGUCUGGAGCCAGACUGCAGCAGAUCUCACAGCAGGAAGACCCCUGCAGGACCACCAGCAGCUGGUUCGGAUCUAGCACGGGAGUCUUGCUGAUCCUGACAAAAGGGGAUUUUUUUUUCUGAGCUGCAGUGAACAAAGCACCAUGUGGAGGUGCACCAGAACCGGAGACAAGCAACCUGUCAGCUGGACUCGAGGUUCUUUAACAUGUACUAAAAACUGUCUGCAUAAAAGACUGGAUUUCAAAAAAGUUCUUACAGGGCUUGUGGGUGUGCUACCCUCCAGUAGUUUUUAGCUCGUGUAAAUUGGAUCUGUCCUGAAAUUUUCAGAACCUGAAGCUGCAGAUCACUCGGACCUGCUCAGCAGCCCCACCCUGCUUGGCUGCAGACCCAGUGAGGGUCCCGGGCUCCUGAAGGGACCGAAAUCACUUCCCCUUGGGGACAUAACGAUUCAUUUUAACAAGGAUUUUAUUCACAUCAUAAUUUGUGGUUCCUGAUCCAAUUCAUUUUCAAUAUCGGUUCUAUUUGGAUGAUCCAGGACAUUUUUAGCCCAAACCACAAUUAGUGUGACUCAGAGAGAAAUUCCUGCUACUGAACAGUGAAGUUUUCCAGAUUCAUUGAUUUUUUCAAGAUCAUCAAGUGUAAAUUAAAUAUGUGUCCAAACAAACAAGUAAACUAGAAUGCACUUGGUUGUUUUUACAUCAUAGUAAAAUAAACCUCAAUCUAAAUUCUAUUUUCCAAUAUUUAUAUAAUUCAUUUAUUUCAUUAAAAAAAUUAUAACAGGUCUAGAUCAAUUUAAUUAACGUGGCUCAGACAGAUCUUGUUGGAUUCUCGGAAUAUAAAUUGAUUAAUUAUUACACAUCCACUUCCCCUCUUCUAACUGUCCAUCAUUCUGUCUGUACAAAUAAAGUUAUUUGAAAUGA